GCCUGCCCGGGGAAGCAGAGAGGGAGUCUGUUGGCACUUGAUAAAUGUUAUAAUCUGCGUGACUGCAAAUGACUCAACAUUUGCUCCAAGUUUUGCGGCUAGGGGAUCUUGGCAGCUGUCCAUAUUGAUGUUUUCUGGAGAUUGUCCGCAGCUGAAGGAGCCCCAGGGUUUCUGGGUGGCCUGGUCCUGCCAAUGGAGUGAGCUUAGGGCCAUAGGCGGGACUCCAGAGCCCCACCUCCAGCCCUCCCCUGCUGCCUGCUCCCCGUGGGCCAGCAGAAGCCAGGGUGUGCGCACUGCGGAUGAAAUGUCUUUCCUCCAGGAUCCAAGUUUCUUCACCAUGGGAAUGUGGUCCAUUGGUGCGGGGGCCCUAGGGGCUGCUGCCUUGGCACUGCUCCUGGCCAACACAGACGUAUUUCUGCCCAAGCCCCAGAAAGCCACGCUGGAGUAUCUGGAGGAUAUAGACCUGAAAACACUGGAGAAGGAACCAGUGACUUUUAAAGCAAAGACGCUCUGGGAAAAUAAUGGAGCUGUGAUUAUGGCUGUGCGGAGGCCAGGCUGUUUCCUCUGUCGAGAGGAGGCUGCAGACCUGUCCUCCCUGAAGCCCAAGUUGGAUGAGCUGGGCAUCCCCCUCUACGCAGUGGUAAAGGAGCACGUCAAGACUGAAGUGAAGGACUUCCAGCCUUAUUUCAAAGGAGAAAUCUUCCUGGAUGAAAAGAAGAAGUUCUAUGGUCCGGAAAGGCGGAAGAUGAUGUUCAUGGGAUUUGUCCGUCUGGGUGUCUGGUACAACUUCUUCCGGGCCCGGAGUGGAGGCUUUUCUGGAAACCUGGAAGGCGAGGGCUUCAUCCUUGGGGGAGUUUUUGUGGUGGGACCAGGAAAGCAGGGCAUUCUUCUGGAGCACCGAGAAAAAGAAUUUGGAGACAAAGUAAACCUAGUUUCUGUUCUGGAAGCUGCUAAGAAGAUCAUCAAACCACAGACUUCAGCCUCAGAGAAGAAAUGAUUGUGUGACACUGCCCAGCUCAGGGAUAACUAGGGCUCUCACCCGUGUUCAUGGGAUGUGUUGUGUUUCCACUGCUGUCCCUAAGGAGUUAGAAACCCAUUUAUGCCAUAUUCUCAGUAUAGACAAUUAACAUAUUUUAAUAUUGUACUCUGUUUAGGCCUAAUAAGGCAAAAUAACCCCCAAACAAGACUGAUAAAAAUCUAAAAAGCUAAUUAAUAAGGCUUAUUUCAGCUAAAACCUGGAAAAUCUGAGGCUUAAAGUUGACUGCUACACCUCAUUACAAACAUAUAUGGUGUUUGAGUGCUGUUAUUUGAAAUGAUUUUCAUUUUCGUGUCUUUAAAAAUCUAAGAAAAGUUGGUGAUUGACUUGAAGAUUAACGGUAUAAGGUUCUGGCUUGUGUUUUCAAUGAAUGAUUCAUGUUAGUGAUUUUGCUGUCUUUCCUAGAGGAAUGACUUGGCAUUUAAAAUUGGUAGCUGUUUUCCUGUUGAUGGUUUUCUAGCCUAAUCUGGUGACUGAGGAGGAAAAAGGACAGAGAAGAUGAAAUGUAACUUAGUUCACUGGUUUGUUAUGAUUUAUUAUAUUAUGUUGAAGUAAUACUCGUAUAAAAGAACUAUGUGCUUUGGAUGGCUCGAUAAAGGUUAAACUAUAAAGUGAAAUCUAUUUUUUCAUUGUCUUCCAUUCUAAUCUUGGAGAUUUGAUUUUCUAGAAGAGAUGAUCAGUAAAAUUAGGCUCUAAUAAAAUCAGGCAUCAGAAAUUGCCCAUAUGUACAAACGUUUCUGACAAAACUAACAAUAAAAAUAUUUACCGUA